AUGAUAACAGAAUAUUUUGAAGUAGUAGCAAUAAGAGAUCAUAAACCAAUUCAUCAAUCACAAUUACAAUUUAAAAAAGGAGAAAAGAUAUUGGUAGUGGAAACAGCACCAACUGGUUGGUGGAAAGGAGAAAUUGGGGCCAAAAAGGGGUUGUUUCCUGAAUCUUACGUUGCC